GCCUAGAGUCUAGAUUUGUAUUUAUUGGUUGUAAUGUAGUAGUAUUAAUUGAAAAUGAUGAUGAUGGAGAUAACAAAGGAGAUGAUGAUGAUAAUGAUGAUGAAGAAGCAGUUGUAUUAUUUGCAUUUGAAGGUGGUGGUGAAGAGGGUGGUGGUGAAGAGGGUGGUGGUGGUGGUGGUGAAAAUAAAGGCGGUGGUGGUGGUGGUAAUGGUUUUGAAGACAAUGACAAAGAAGAAGAAGAAGAUGUUGAUGAUGAAGAAGUAGGUGGUGUAGAUGGUGAUUUUAUUGGUAUUGCAAAACUUAUUGCUUUAGCAUGUUUCAUCAAAUUUGUUGCACUUGUACUUUUCUUUGAUAAAGAUGAUAAAAUUGGAUUGGCAUGCUUAUCAUUACUUUUGUCUGAUGAUGAUAAAGAAGAUCGUGGAUCCAUAGAGAUUG